UGACUUAUUUGAAUAAUGUUGUUGAGAUCGGUUUUGUUAUCUUUUAUACGUCAAGACAGUGUGUUAAACAUACAGAGAGUAUCAUUUUGUCUUCCCAAAGUUUUGUGUAAUUUAAAAGGCUUUGUAAAUUAUGGGCUAAUAACAAUUGAUCGAAAUGCACACACUAGACGACAUGUUUCUAUAACAGAGAGGAAAGACUUUGAUAAUGAAACCAAAGCGAAACUCGUAAAAAAACUUAAUUUUAUAUCCAAAGAAGAUGCUUUACCCUUUUAUAAACUGCCGUUUAGAACUUUGCUUCAUGUUCAGAAAGUAACUCAAAAUGACGUUCUGAAUGGCUACUGCGCAAAUAGGCUAUACUUCAUUGCACAUAAAAUUAAGUGCCCUCCAUCAAAACUUAGUGAAUGUCUAGCACAGAGAAUAUUUAUCUAUAGCCUGUCCUUUGACUGGAUUGAAAGCUCCUUAAAUGUAUUACUAGAAAUGGGAGUAGCAGGUGACAGGAUCAUAAGAGAUUUAUGGGUACUCAAAUACCAUCAUGAAACAAUCCGUGAGAGAUUGCAGAAAGUUAAGGACUUAGGGGUGGAUACCUUAUACCCUUGGAUGGUUAGAUGUAAUGAAGACAUAUUGAAUAGGUUCAUAACAAUAUCUCGAGACACAAAGAAAAUCUUAGGCGACACAAUGUCAACUCAAGUGUACUUGGCCAAUCGCCUUAACACCACACCUGAAGCUGUGGAGGACAUGUGUGUAAGGAUUCCCGCGCUGAAGACAAUUAGGGUCACUAAGGUAAAAAAAUUCCUAGAUUUCCUCAUAAAAGAGGGUUUCGAAGUCCAGGACAUUGCAAACAAGCCCAGAGUGCUGACAGCUUCUCAGAAGACGGUGGAGCAAAGAUUAAAUAAAUUGCGAAAGUUGGGCCUGUCCGAAAUUAAUUUAAAUGUCCUAUGUAGAAGUAGGAAAGACUUCAAAAAGUACUGUGAUUCUAUAGGGUCUUUAGCUAUAUCGAAUCCAGAAACGUAACAGUGUACAAAUGCGAUACAAAAUUAGAUCAGUAUUUUAAUACAAAACUAAGCGUGAUCCAACGUGAGCAUGGCUGAGUUUUUGAAAUAUGACUAGUCAGGUAAAAAGUAGCCAUUUAGUCUGUUCUCGUCGCAAUAUACUAUACUUAGUCCGUCCGCCGUGCCGUUCAAAAGUUAUGAGUGUUUACUGUCCACACUGGAAUGAGCUUAUUCCAGCAGCACCAUUUCUUAAUCUCGAAAACCACAGCACAACACCUAGUUUCGAUUUGAUUACACUAUAAAAAGUCGUGAUUUAGGCGGUUCUAGUGGUAAAAUAUUGAUUUAGUCGUUACGCGCCGUUUUGAAGUUGAAUAAGGUGUUUUACUGUCCACGCUGGAAUAAGCUUAUUCCGGCGCGGCGGCACAAUUUUUGUACCUCGAGAUCUACAGCUAUUAGCUUGGAUCUGAUUGCACCCAGAAAAAAUCGUAAAUUAGUCGGUUCUUAUUGCGAAAUUCUAGAAUUAGUAGUUCUUAUACCCUUUGUAAGGCGGACCGACUAAAUCUAGUUUUUUGCGAUUAGAACCGACAAAAUGGCGACUUUUCACCAGACUAGUCAAAUUUCAAAAACUCGACAAUGGUCACGCUGGAGCAAGGCAUGCAAAACUUAAGUCAUUUGAUAAUGAUAAAGAAAUAAAAAUGCUAAUUGUGACAAAGACAUAAUUGUAUUUCUUUAUUUUCACUUGAUAAUACAUAAUAGAAACAAGAAUAUUUCCAACUUGUAAAUAAUUAUUAUGUAGAAACCAAAUAAAUAUGACAAAU